AAAAAAGGGGCUCAUUGUUCUUAAGUGGUGCUGAGUCAUGUUGACACGGGAGAUAAAUAUGCUGAUAACUUCAAAUAAGAAGUCGGUAGUACUAUAUGUCUCAGAGCUUUUUACUGCAUAUUUUUCAGCAUAAAUGAACACCAGAAAGAUUAUACGAAGUUUAAAUGGAGUGUUCCCCAUCGUAAAACCUCAUGGGAUCACCUCAGCUGAAGUUCUGAACACAAUAAAGCAACAACUUUAUAAAGAGCUUGAGAUACAUAAGUCUGGUGAGCUCAAACUGGGGCAUGGGGGAACCUUGGACUCAACAGCAACAGGUGUUAUGGCUGUCGGCAUUGGAAAUGGUUGUAAGAAACUGAAGUGUCUGUUGCACGGUGACAAGAAGUACCAGGUGCAGUGUCAACUCGGGAUUGCAACAGAUACAUACAACGAGACUGGGAAAGUAGUGACGGAAAUGGCCUAUGAUCAUGUAACAGAGGAAUUGUUAAGAGCUAGUUUAAGGGAAUUUCAUGGUAGAAUCAAGCAGCUGCCACCCCUGUAUUCAGCUCUGAAAAUGAAUGGAAGAAGGUAUUCAGAUCUAGCAAGAGAAGGUGUCGAGGUUACUAUAGAACCGAGGAGAGUGUUUUGCUACGAAGCACAUCUGACAUCUUUCAGUCCUCCAUACUUUGGCUUGCUUGUGUCAACUGGCCCAGGUUUUUACAUUCGAAGUCUAAUUCAUGACUUGGGACAAGCCGUUGGUUCCUGUGCACAUGUUCGGGAACUCCAGAGAACCAAGCACGGUCCGUUCACUCUCAGCGAUGCUUUACCCGAAGAUAAAUGGAAUGCUGAGCAGAUAAUGCAGUCAGUCACCAGAUUUAGGAAUAUUAUUGAUAAGUAUUAUAGAGAGUAUAAAAUGGCAACUUUUAAAGAUAAAUGGUGAUGUUGGAAAGAUUUUUAUUGUUAUAUUAUAUAAAUAGUGGUUGUGUAGUCUUUUUGCAGGAAAGUUUUUAUAGAAUAUGAAAUGAUU